AACAACAACAACAAUCUGUUAAACUCCUGUAGGUCUCUGACUUGUAAGGUUCAUGAAAGUAGAAACUGCAAAUAGAAUUCAACUUGCCUAAGAACUGAGAUAUGAAAGCCAGCGAAGAAUCAAAACUAUUGCUGCCCGCAUAAACGAAUUGACCAUGGAUGGAACUAUAAACAGUCAAAUCAAGAGAGCCGUUACAUAGAAAAACCUCACGUGUUAUUACUACAGUUACUCGGUAAGCGGCUUCUCUAACUAUGGCACAAGCACAGCUACAUCAGCCACCACAGCAGCAACUGCAUCCUCCCCAGCAGCAGCAGCAGCCACCUCAAAUACAGUUGCAGUCGCAACCACCACAGCAGCCAAAAAUUCAGCCAGCAACAGACUUUGGACCAGAUAGUGGAGGAAGAAUAAAGGGACUUACCAUUGUGAAACCACUUGUUUAUGGAAAUGUAGCCCGCUAUUUUGGUAAGAAGAGAGAAGAAGAUGGCCAUACACAUGAAUGGACUGUUUAUGUUAAGCCCUAUAAUAAUGAAGACAUGUCUACUUAUGUCAAGAAGAUUCACUUUAAAUUGCAUGAAAGUUAUGCUGAUCAAAAUAGAGUACUGACUGAACCACCUUAUGAAGUUACGGAGACAGGAUGGGGUGAAUUUGAAAUUGUGAUCAAAAUUUUCUUUCAUGAUCCAAAUGAAAGACCAGUAAAAAUCUAUCACAUAUUGAAGUUAUUCCAGUCAGCACCAGGAACAACACCUCCUGUUGUACCAACAGAUCUUAAAAAGCCUCUGGUCUCAGAGUUUUAUGAAGAAUUAAUCUUUCAAGACCCCUCAGCCAUGAUGCGGCAGUUGUUGACAAACACAAGACAACUUACCCUGGGUGAAUACAAGCAUGACACAGAUUUUGAGGAGAAAAAGGACAAAACCCUGAAAAACCUUAUCAACGCUAAAGAGAAGAUAUCUGCAGAAAUUGUAGAUUUACGGGAGAAGAUCAAACUUGCAAAAGAUACGAUCACAAAAUUCAAAGAUGAAAUCAAUAAGUGUCAGACAGAGAUGGCUAUCGAUGUAUCAGGCUUAUCUUGAAUUUUCAUAUUAAUGUAAUUAGUAUAAAGUAGGACUACCAGACCAUGAUGAACUGGCAUUGUUUACACAGAUGACAACAAGAUAGUUGUAGUAAUUAAUUGCAGCUUCAUGGAAAUUCAAAACUUAUAUACAGUAAGCUUAAGAGAGGUGAUGAUUCUUACUGUUUCCUCAGGGGAUUUUGUGCAAGUCUUGUCAUUGUUGCUGUUAAGAGUUAAAACAGUCUUGCUGUAUGUUUUCUUUAGCAUCAUAACUUUUUUAAUGAAACUGGAACUUCUGUUUAGAGGGAACUGUUUGCUUUGUAUCCAUUUUUGUAUCUUAUGUGCAAUGGAUUCUAUAUAGAGUUUAUAAAAGCAAGAAUUUGUCACAUUUUUUAGAAUUCAGUGUAAAAUUAAUGUAGAAGAAGAUUGUAAUAUAUUUAUUUGUGUGCACGCAGUAUUCCACAGUUCAGAAAAUGUGAAUAGAGAGAAGCAGCUGUAAUCUGCUAAAAGUUAAGCGUAUUCAUGAAACAAAUAAUGAAUAAUUAUUACAUUAUUUCUCAGUUAACCACUUGAAAUAAUUUUAUGUACUAAUUCGAAGUUCAUGAAGUUUCGUGCGUCAGAACAGAAAUUGAUGUCUAUCAAGGUUAAUGUAAAGUUUGCUUUAGAGCAUGUAUUAAUACAAUUUUAUACCUCUUACAUAAAGUUAUGUGUAUUUUGACUUUGCUUAGAAAAUUUUUGUUUGCAACGUGGUUAUGGAACACUAUUAUUAUUUUUACUUAAUUUUUUGCAGUUUAAACAAGCUAAAUUAAUGAGUUAAAUAGUACUCCAUUAAUUACAGAUUGUUCCACUUGUAGCAUUUUACAUUCCGAACGUGUAUCUUUUUGUUCUAAGGUUUAAUAACAUCCUAGAUAUAAUUUAAUAAUCCCCUCAAGAAAAUCCCGCUGUAAUAUUUUUUUGGGUAAGAAAUCUCGAGAAACAUGAGCGUGUGUAAUGCACGCAUAAUACUGUCAUCAGCAGAGGAUGUUGGUGCUCUUUCUUUUGAGAUUAUGUCUCAGCUCUGUUAAAAGUUUAACCAGGAUAAAGGAAAUAUUAGAUUGGAAGGGCUAAAAACCAAGAAAAAUUAAUCCUUAAAUAUUUUUGCCUCAUUUUUAUUUUGUUGUUGUUUUCUGAUGCAAGCAAAAGCUUUUGAAGUUUUGGCAGAUUUGUUACUGUAAUUGUGGUAAUAAAUUUUUUACCACAAAUACCAGACAGUAAGAUAUCAGAGGUGUAAAGUCUCUGAAUAAUUUUAUAGCUGCGUUAUGACUUUCAUCAAACUAAAAUAAGGAGGAAGUUAAAGUAUUUCCAUUUAUGUAUAUGUUAAUUUGGUUAAGUUAAUGUACAGAACUAAUUGUAAUUUUUAUAGUGCAUGCACCUUUUUUCUUAUAUGUAAGAUGAUGUCAUGUUUCUAUAAUACAGUACAGUAUACGUAUCUAUAUUUUAGAAACAUACUCAACCAAGCCAGCAAUUUUUGUACUAUUUAUGUUGAAAUUUUUUUUUUAUAGAAUAAAAAUGACUAGAA